UUUACCGGCAUUUCAGUUCUCACCCGCGGCGGGCUAACAUCUCGCUGUGCUAUUUAUUUAUUUAUUGUAGAACUUUUUAAAUUUUACGGAGCCAAACAUGCUCAGCCUGUGCCUUUACGUCCCCGUGUCUAACUCAGACCCCGUUGAGGUGGAGUAUUUCGAGUCUAAUGGUCUGCCGUCGGAGCUGAAGUCUCUCUUCAACAAAUUGAGCGUGCUUCUGCCGUCGCAAGAGUUCACAACGUAUCAAAGGUGGCGAAAGAAAACCUUACAUAGGGAAGAACAUGACUCAGACGGACAGCUGGACUUUGAGGAGUUUGUUCACUAUCUUCAAGAUUACGAGAAAGACCUCAAACUUGUGGUGAAGAGCCUUGACAGGAAGCAUGCAGGUCGCGUUGAUCCUAAGGAGUUAAUGCAGUCUCUUUGGGAACUCGGGGUGCAUAUUUCCCCGCAGCAUGCGGAGAAAGCCCUUCAGAGCAUGGAUAAGAAUGGAAUGAUUACAAUCAGCAGUAAAGAAUGGAGCAACUAUCCCAUGGAGGAGAAGGCUGAGAGCAUUCCUGAGAUCAUCCUCUACUGGAAACACUCCACGAUAUUCGAUGUGGGUGAUAACCUGUUGGUGCCUGAUGAGUUCACCCACGAGGAGAAAAUGACUGGAAUGUGGUGGAGGCACCUGGUCGCAGGUGGAGGAGCCGGAGCCGUUUCCAGGACCUGCACCGCUCCGCUUGACAGAGUCAAAGUCAUGAUGCAGGUUUAUGGAUCCCGAACCAACAACAUGUGCAUCAUGAGCGGGUUGAUGCAGAUGAUCAAAGAAGGCGGCACGAGGUCGUUGUGGCGAGGCAACGGAGUGAACAUCAUCAAAAUCGCCCCCGAGUCGGCGCUGAAGUUCAUGGCGUAUGAGCAGAUCAAACGUUUGAUCGGCAGCGAUAAGGAGACUCUGAGCAUCCUGGAGAGACUUGUCGCUGGAUCUCUGGCUGGAUUGACCGCCCAGAGUACAAUCUACCCCAUGGAGGUGCUGAAAACCCGUCUGGCUCUGAGGACGACGGGUCAGUACUCGGGUAUCGCAGACUGUGCGAAGCAGAUUUUCAGGAAAGAAGGACUCGGAGCGUUUUACAAAGGUUACGUCCCCAACAUGUUGGGCAUCAUCCCCUACGCAGGCAUCGACCUGGCGGUGUACGAGACCUUGAAGAACAGCUACCUGCAGCAGUACGGCAUCAACAGCCACGACCCCGGCGUGCUCGUCCUGCUGGCCUGCGGCACCGUGUCCAGCGGCUGCGGUCAGCUCGCCAGUUACCCCCUCGCUCUCAUCCGCACCCGCAUGCAAGCACAAGCGGCGUCAGGAGGCAGCCAGCAGAUGACGAUGACGGGUCUCUUCAAGCAGAUCUUGCAGACCGAGGGCCCCGCGGGGCUCUACAGAGGCCUGGCCCCCAACUUCCUAAAAGUCAUCCCCGCUGUGAGCAUUAGCUACGUAGUGUACGAGAACAUGAAGACACAGCUGGGAGUGACCUCACGCUGAAACUCACCCCCCUUCUCAUUGUCAUAUGACAAGUGACCCCUACAUACCCAAACCCCCCCCCCCCCCUCCCCUCACCUCACCUCCUCCAGUCAAGGACUCAUGCUAAGGGAAUCCCAGGGACCUGUUGGGGUUCGUGGAGCGAUCUCAUUCUGUGAAUGUCAGCUGACGAAAGACGAGAAAGGACACUGAACGUUGGAAAGAUGGAGGAUAUGGACUCUGUGAGCUCAGGUUGUCGGGACAGUGACCGCUGCUAUUUAUGUUUUAAAGUAUCAGGAGCUUGGAAACGAGAAACACGUGGAAUGUAAGAGACUGUAAAUCGAGGACCAAAUGCUCUUCCUGCCACUUUGUAUUAUGGUGCCUGAGGAAGUGUUCAGUUAUGUUUUUGUUUUUGUUUUUUUCAUGUUGGUGUGACAUUGCAAGCUUUGGUCAGUCAGCAUCCGUUAAACAUGCACCACCUCCUCCCCCCUCCCCCCCUUUUUAUAUAAAUCUACUGAAGAUGGAGCACGUUUUACAUGGCAGAUACAGCAUUAAUAAGCUCUUAAGAAGUUUUAUUCUUUAACGGUUCUGCCUGUAAGGAAGAAAAAGAGAUUGUGUUCCUGGAAAAAGAGAGAGAGGGUUUUGCACAUGUGAGUUUGAUCUCUCUCCACCCCUGUCCUGAAUGAAUGAAUGAAUGAACGAACGAACGACUGGCUGCAGAUUAUUUAUUUCCAUCUGUUCUGUAUUUAUUGAUUUUUAUUGUCUAGAGGAGGAGAUAAAUGCUGCAUGUUUCCUGUCUGAGUAGCCAAAUGUGUGAUUGCUAACAGUUUUAAAAAAUGCAGUUUGACUCUAUUCAGGGUGUGAAAGUUAACACCAGGCAACAGCCUUAUUGAGUGGCUGUCAAACACUAAAUGUAGUUGUCUGGUAAAAUGCUAUAAAAGGGGUGUUGGAGUUUGUAUCCGUUAGUCACUUUGGUUGAUACUUAAUCGACUGAAGGAUGACGUUUUUCAGUGCAAACAGAUGUCUGCAUGUAGAUGUAGGAUGUUUUUUGCCCUUUUUAAAAAGAGAAAAAGUAUAAAUGUCUUAAUGUUCACCUCAGGUUAGAUCAUGUUCACCUCAGGUUAGAUAAUUAUUUAAUUCACAGAAGAGCACUCGUGGGUUUUCUUUUCACAUUUAUACUCAGAGGGGGAAGUAAAAAAAGGGCUUUAAAAAGAUGAGCAACAUAAUGCACUUUAAUCAAAGCUGGAAGAGCCUCUGAAUGUCAUAUCAAUGCAGGUAAUAAUUCUUUUGUAAAGAAUCAGUUUUUAGUAUUGUUUUAAUGGACCAUUUUGAUGCAAAUAAAUGCAAAUUCUUGUU